AUGGCGUUCACGAUGCACUCCCACUCCGGCCAGUUCUGCGGCCACGCAGUCGACCAGCUCGAGGACAUCAUCAAGCACGCCAUCUCCGUCGGCUACAAAACGAUAGGCCUCACCGAGCACAUGCCGCGCUACGAGGCGCGCGAUCUCUACCCUGAGGAGCUCGCCGACGGCCCCGACGCCGCCCUCGCCGCCUUGCCCCUCCGUCACGAGGCCUACCUCGCCGAGGCUCUUCGUCUACAAUCCGCCUACGCCGCGCAGAUCCACGUGCUCAUCGGCUUCGAGGCCGAGUUCAUCCGCUCCAACUUUGCCACGCACGUCGCCGAGCUGUUCGCCGCCGCGCCCUGCCUCGACUACUUCAUCGGCAGCGUGCACCACGUCCACGGCGUGCCCAUCGACUACGACGCCGCCAGCAUGGCCGCCGCCGUCGCCGCGUCCUCCCGCACCGGGGACCCGGCGGGCGGCACCGAGGAGGCGCUGCACGGGGACUACUACGACCUUCAGCACGAGAUGCUCCGAGCCCUGCGGCCGCGCGUGGUCGGCCACUUUGACCUGAUCCGGCUGCUGAGCGCGGAACCGGGCAGGGACCCGAGGGGGUGGGAGGGCGUGUGGGCGCGCAUCGUGCGCAACUUGCGCCUGGCGGCGGAGCAGGGCGCCUGGCUGGAGUGCAACAGCGCGGCGCUGCGCAAGGGCCUGGCCGAGCCGUACCCGUGCCGCGCCAUCGCCGAGGAAUGGCUCAGGCUGGGCGGCAAGUUCACCCUCUCCGACGACAGCCACGGCGUCGCCCACGUCGCCACCAACUAUCUCGCCGCCGUCCGCUACCUGCAGGACCUCGGCGUCGAGCACGUCUGGACCUUUCGCCGGGGGCCGCAUCCCUGGAAGCCCGGCCACGAGCGGGCACGUCUCGAGGACGUCGCCGUGCCGCUCGCCGAGAUCCGCGCGCAGUUCGAGCCUGCGGAAGAAAAGUAG